UGAGUACUCUGUGCCUAUGACUCUUCAUAUUCAAUUGGUUGGUUGAAACAAAACCUUGGUCUGGAUUUGUCUUUUCUGGACCUGAACUUUUCACCUCUGGGGGGGCCUGGCUUGGGGCCCCUUGUUCUGUAAUUCCCUCUCUCAGGAGCAGAGCGGUGGGGGUUGCAUAUAGUACUGGUGCUGGAAUUCUGUGUUAGACCUUUGUGCCAGCUUCUUAAUGAAAGUGGUGGGUAUUGUAAAGCUUCUCGGACGGGUUUUGCACAUUCGGUAAGCUGCAGUGUCCGCUUCCAUCGUUGAUCUGGACCCCAGCUCCUUCCUGUGACCUGCCUGCCUUCCUGGAUCGGUACAGAUCGCUCACCUACCCUUCGCUAGCAGAUUAUAGAUUUUGGGUCCAGCUACCUUCAACCACUGAGCAGCAUGUGUAGGUGGCAUCCCUCAGUGCCAGCUCAGGCAAAAUUUAGUGUCCCCCUGAACUCAGCCCUGAGAUGGGGGUGGAUGAGUGACCUUUGACCUGUGAUGUCAUCCCCUCUCCCGACCUCAAGCUACUGGACAUGAAGGUGUUUGUGGACACGGACUCGGACAUCCGGCUGGUCCGUCGCCUGAAGAGGAACAUCACGGAGCGAGGGCGCGACAUCGCUGGAGUCAUAAAGCAGUACAACAAGUUUGUGAAGCCAGCCUUCGAGCAGUACAUCGAGCCCACGGUGCAGGUGGCUGACAUUGUGGUCCCCAGGGGAGGGGAGAACUUUGUGGCCCUGGACCUGAUCGUGCAGCACGUGCACAGCCAGCUGGAGAAGGUACGUAGGGGGCGGAGUCUCGCUCCCAGUGUGGGUAAGGCAGGGUGCUUGUGUGUCUCAGCUUGGUUUCCUGGUCCUUGUGCUGGAGCCCCCCCCCAUCUUGAGUAAUUGGCUUUACUUGUGCUAAUAACUGAACGCUUGCCUGAAAAUGUACAUCGACUCGCUUAGCCAUUCAUCAUGUUUUGCGAGUUGAAAUAUCAGUGUGAUCUGAGCUGCUUUGGCGGAGCUCGUUUACAGACGGGUUCGCUGGAACUAAUUAGUUUUUCUGUUAAUGAGGUUGUUUUUUUUGGCUUGGAUUCCUGACAGUAUAAUCAGCUGAAUUUUGUACGAAUUUUGGUGCUACAGUUAAAAAUGAGGUUCUUGAGCAUUUGUUUUUUUUUUUUUUCUUUCUCAACGCAUCUGCAAAACUGAAAUGCAAGAAAUUGAGUUUAACCACUGGGUAGCAUAUUGAAUCAAAACCUGCAUGUUCAGCCUCUAAGACCAGGGCUGUGGGACUGUAUUUUCACAGAUGCUUUUAUCGUAAGCGACCUUGAUAUCCGCAGAAAAUUGUUCCAUUGCGUUUCUGCCGCCUUCAUAUCCAUAAACCUCUUGGGUCGCUUUGGAUAAAUGCAUCAGUCAAUUUAGAUGAGGGGGCAGAAAUGUUUGUCUUGGCACUGUUGGUGGUGUGAAUGAAGCACUGAAUCAUAGUAUCAGAAGUACCUGUUGGUAGUAAUGAAGCACUGCAUCAUAGUACCCCUUGACAGUAAUGAAGCACUGCAUCAUAGUACCCCUUGACAGUAAUGAAGCACUGCAUCAUAGUACCCCUUGACAGUAAUGAAGCACAGCAUCAUAGUACCCCUUGACAGUAAUGAAGCACUGCAUCAUAGUACCCGAUCUACCCGUUGGUAGUAAUGAAGCACUGCAUGGUAGUCCCCUUUGACAGUAAUGAAGCAUGCCCAGUCGCUGCAGAGGGCUAGGCUGCUGUGGUUGUUCACCCCCAGCUUCAUUGAUGCCAUGAAAUGUGAGAUCGACUGGUGGCUCUCAGCCCAUGUCGAUACACCUUCCUGGCACCAGGCUCAUGUUCUGGAAGUGUGUUUUAGCUGAGAGAGAAAUAACAUCUCAAAAUCCUUUUUCUGUUCCCCCAAAAUUCAUGUUUAUUUCAUUGCGGCUUAUGUCACUGUUUAGUUAUCGAAUCACGUAGCAAAACUGAUGCAUGAAAUUGGCUGCAGUUUUCAAGCUGAAUAUCUGCCAAAUGGUGCGUAUACACAUGCGAUUAUAGAGAAGCUGUUGCCGUGUAACCUUAUGAAAACAUGACCUUUCCGCUGUGAUCCAUGGCAAAAAGCUAAAGGUGCUGCCACACCCUAACAUUACCCGCCCUCCAGGGGGCGCUGGUCUGGCUUGCCAUUUGGAACAGCACAUUCCAGCAGUCACGUGAUUUUUUUUUUAUUUUUUUUUUCUCUCUCUCAUUUCUCUCCCCCCUGUCUAUCUGUAACGGCACGUUUGCUAAACC